AUGCGCGACGACGCGCGCAAACGUAAGCGCGACGCGAUCGCGAUCGAUGAAAACCUCGAACGCUUCCGCGCGUGGUGCGAGGACGUGGGAAUCGUGACGAACGACGACGCGUUGGAAAUUCGUAGUCUGAAGAGCGACGACGAGUUCGCGGAUGACCGUCGACACUACGCCGUGUUCGCGAAGCGAGCGAUCGAGAUCGGAGAAACGUUAUUUGAAAUACCGAAAUCGUGCGUGCUGUGCGGGAAGAACUCGCGCGCGCACGGGGAAGCGGUGGAAGGCGCGCGGCUGGGCGGCGGCUUGGCGCUCAACGUCGUCGCCGUCGGCGAGUUGUUUGGCGACGACGAGACGGCACGGGAGGCGAAAGGGUUUUGGGAUGGGUUUAGGGCGAUAUUGCCGCGCCGUGGCGAGCGGAGUUUGCCGAUGUUUUGGGACGCGGAGCUUCGGGACGAAUUGCGCGGGACGGAGCUCGCGGCGCACUUGAGCGAGGACGACGAGGCGUUUGAUGAAGAUUUUGAGACGUGUCGCGACGCUUUAGGGGAGGAAACGGCGAAUGCGAUGGGGCUAACGCUGGAAACCUUCAAGGCGGCGGCGUCGAUCGCGGCAUCGAGGGCGUUUUACGUAGGUGGGGAGUAUGGGGAGUGUCUCGUGCCGUGUGCGGAUUUGUUCAACCACCGCACGGGGACGAAUUCAGUGGCGGUUUACGGCGUCGAGGACGACGACGAUAGUGACGAUAGUGAUGGUGGAGAUAGCGGUGAUUCGUUGGUAAUCAAGGCUGUGGCUGAAGCUAAGGCUGGGGAGGAGCUGUUUAACACGUUCGGCGAGCAGAGUAACGCGAGCUUGCUGCACAAGUAUGGAUUUUGCGAGUUUCACAACGAGGACAACGUCACGGUAAACUUGCACGUGAGCCUUUUCGAAGACGUGUACGGGAGAGAGAAGAUGCACGCGGUGUAUGAUGCAAUGAAAGUAUCUUUGCAAUCCGCAGAAGAAGAGCGAAAGCAAUCGCUUCUCGAUUUUUUUGAAGCGGGCAAGUAUUACGAAAUCACGGGAGCGAACGGCGUCGAAGACGAAUUUUUCGCGCUCGUGGAGAAGAUCAAAGAUGCCUUGGUCGAGGUGGAGAACAAAAAAGUUGAAACAAAUGACGUAUUCGAAGCAAUUAUCGACGCUCGUCUGGCGCGUUACGGUGCGGAGGCGGAAGACACGAUCGACGAAGGCGGUCGGCCUCCCGCAGGCGGAGGCGUCGUCGGUCGACAAGCGGCAAAACUCGUGCGGCUGCAGGAGAUGCGUCUCUUAAAUAGAGUUAGACAGUAG